CCUCCCUCCCGGUCCCCGCGCCGGCAGUUGGCAGCUGGCUUCCCUACUGGUCCCUUAGCAGCUCUAGCUGGGAGAGCUUUCUCUGCCCCUCUCCAACCUCCAGUCACCAGCGCUCAGCGGUCCUCGCGCAUCCUCUCCAACAAAGCCGGGGCCCGGAGGCGACCCUGCAAGGGACUGAGACUGGCAGCUGAAGCAUCCGAGCCCUGGCAAGCACCCACGCCCCGGCGAGCGCAGCAAGAAGGGGCGGCGGGGAGCAGGCGAGGAGAGAGGGGAAGAAAGUGUCCUGCUCCGGGCGCGAAACCCUCCUGGGCUGAUCCACCUCCCCCAGUUGCCCCUGACCGAGCGCAUCCUGCCUUCCCUGUGGGACUGGGCAGGGCGGAGGGCGAAGCGGUGCGGACUGUGUGGCCUGACGGACCAGUCGCUCCCUUACCUCUGUCCAGAGUAAGCGGCUGGACCACUGUCAAUGUCGCCAUGUCUGCCGUGGGAGCCGAAGUGACGCUCGGCUUCAGCAUCAGCAACCGCUUGUAGUGAGAAAAAGAGGAGGAGAUUGGGGGCGGGGGUGGAGAGGGAAGACGGAAAGGAGGGGGAGGAGGGGGAGGCAGGAAGGUGGUAAUGGAGGAGAAGAAAGCUCGGGUGGGUUGGUAGCCAGAUGGAGACUCAACUGUUCCACCGCGGCGAAUCUUCAGUGCGGCGCCAAGCAGGGCAGGUAUCCGCGAGCGCCUGCACGGCCAGGAGCUGAGAAAGGAACGCUCAGCCCUAGAACUUUGCUCAUCCACCCAUCAGGAGCACUGGCUGGCUGUAGCAGGAUGUCUACACCAAAUACUUCGAAGCAUUGAAGAACUAUUUCAAGUUUCAGAAGUCUCCACUCGUACUUGGCACAGCUGCUUGUGAUGAGAAAAGCUGGCAAUGGAGACUGUUCACCUUACAGAAUGCAGAUAGAAAGGAAAGGAUCAGUGUUUUACACAGACUUUGAGGGCAUGCCGCAUGACAGCUCCUCACAGUUUGUGGAAGGGAUGCUCAACAUUUGUUACAAUGCUAUUGAUCGGCACAUUGAAAAUGGCCAAGGGGAUAAGAUUGCUAUCAUCUAUGACAGUCCCGUUACAGACACCAAAGCAACUAUCUCCUAUAAGGAAGUCUUGGAGCAGGUCUCUAAGUUGGCUGGUGUCUUGGUCAAGCAGGGUGUCAAGAAAGGUGAUACAGUGGUCAUCUAUAUGCCCAUGAUCCCACAAGCAAUAUACACCAUGCUGGCAUGUGCAAGGAUAGGAGCAAUCCACAGUCUCAUAUUUGGAGGAUUUGCAUCCAAAGAAUUAAGUACACGCAUUGAUCAUGCAAAGCCUAAGGUGGUUGUUACAGCAUCGUUCGGCAUUGAACCUGGAAGGAAGGUAGAGUACAUUCCACUUCUAGAAGAAGCACUGAGAAUAGGACAACACCGACCAGACAGAGUUCUCAUUUACAACCGUCCAAAUAUGGAGAAAGUACCUUUGAGGUCGGGUCGUGAUCUUGAUUGGGAAGAAGAAAUGGCAAAAGCCCAGUCCCAUGACUGUGUGCCUGUUCUCUCAGAGCAUCCCUUGUACAUUCUCUACACAUCUGGAACAACUGGGCUCCCUAAGGGUGUGGUUAGACCAACUGGGGGAUAUGCGGUCAUGUUGAACUGGACAAUGUCUUCCAUAUAUGGACUCAAACCAGGAGAGGUAUGGUGGGCAGCUUCUGACUUAGGCUGGGUUGUCGGACAUUCCUAUAUUUGCUAUGGGCCUCUUCUACAUGGAAACACAACAGUUUUAUAUGAGGGAAAGCCUGUGGGAACACCGGAUGCCGGUGCUUAUUUCCGUGUGCUUGCAGAGCAUGGAGUGGCUGCCUUGUUUACUGCACCAACCGCAAUUAGAGCCAUCCGUCAACAGGACCCUGGGGCAGCCUUGGGGAAGCAGUAUUCUCUGACAAGGUUCAAGACACUGUUUGUGGCUGGGGAAAGAUGCGAUGUCGAGACCCUAGAAUGGUCCAAAAAAGUCUUCCGUGUCCCUGUUCUAGACCAUUGGUGGCAAACAGAGACCGGAUCCCCCAUCACUGCAUCAUGUAUUGGAUUAGGUAACUCCAAAACACCUCCACCAGGACAAGCAGGAAAGUGUGUUCCAGGAUACAAUGUUAUGAUUUUGGACGACAACAUGCAAAAACUGAAGGCAAGAAGCUUAGGAAAUAUUGUGGUAAAGUUGCCGUUACCACCUGGCGCUUUUUCAGGACUCUGGAAGAAUCAGGAAGCAUUCAAGCACCUAUACUUUGAGAAAUUUCCUGGAUACUAUGACACUAUGGAUGCUGGCUACAUGGAUGAAGAAGGCUACCUAUAUGUAAUGUCCCGAGUGGAUGAUGUAAUAAACGUUGCAGGCCACAGGAUUUCUGCAGGGGCUAUUGAGGAGUCAGUCCUUUCACACGGCACCGUGGCUGACUGCGCUGUGGUUGGCAAGGAAGAUCCUUUGAAAGGUCACGUACCCUUAGCACUCUGCGUAUUGAAGAAAGACAUAAAUGCAACAGAAGAACAAGUUUUGGAAGACAUUGUGAAACAUGUUAGGCAGAGCAUUGGCCCAGUGGCUGCCUUUCGAAAUGCAGUUUUCGUCAAACAGUUACCCAAAACCAGGUCUGGAAAAAUUCCACGGUCUACACUGUCUGCCCUGGUCAAUGGCAAGCCUUAUAAGGUAACCCCUACAAUUGAGGACCCCAGCAUUUUUGGUCACAUUGAAGAGGUGCUGAAGCAGGCUGUGUGAUUUUUGUUUACUAUUUUCUAUCACUUUGUCUUAACUUUCUAGCUGGAUUUAAGUCAUUUAUUUCCGAUAAAUCAAUACUUGAAAAAUUUCCUUCUCCUCUCAGAUGUAAGCCAUAGUGUGAAGUCAGUCUAGUGGCCCCUGAAAGAGGCUAUACAUUGUGUUUCAUGUGAGACAGUUAGCCCUGUUACCUCUUUUCUCUAAUAUGGAUCAUUAUAUGCUAUCUAGUAUAUUAAGGAACAUGUCUUGGUGUAUGGUUUUACAAAUUCACGUGCUUUACAAACACAUUUUAAUCAAAAGUAUCUGAACUAUAAAUGUACGUUCUGGAGAUAAGAAUCAGCCACACUUUGAUCAUAAUCUAAACUGAAAUCAAAGUUGGAAUAUAAUUUAAAAUGUUAUCAUGGAGACUCUAAUGUUGUUUAUUAUUUUAAAGAUGACUACCAUGCUAUUAGGUAAUUCUUAAGACAGAAUAGGUUGCUUAGCAACACAGGACCCCAGGGUCAAGCACCAUCUCUCUGUUGCUUAUUACUAGGUAAGAGGAGGCAUGUAUCUGGUAGAGAACCUAGAUAUCCUUCCACCAAAUAUUUUGAAGUGAUGAAGACUUUUGGAAUCCCUUGUCAUGGUUGAUUCUAUGUAUCUGGAUGCCUUCUUUUUUUAUGGAAUUAAGGGAUGACCUCCUAAAGAAAGACAUGACAAGAAUGGUAUUAUAAGAAAUUUAAAAGUUUUCUUCUUAUUAUAAUAUCAAUACAUCUUCAUGGCCAUGUCAGUAUCAAUGAGCCUUCUUUUGUCCAUCUCUGUCUGUCUCUGUCUGUCUCUGUCUCUGUCUCUGUCUGUCUCUGUCUCUGUCUGUCUCUGUCUGUCUCUGUGUCUGUCUCUGUCUCUCUCUCUCUGUCUGUCUGUCUGUCUCUCUCUCUCUCUCUCUCUCUCUCUCUCUCCCUUUCUCUCUGAUAAGGAUAUGUUUCCUAAGUUGGCCUCACAAAUCCUGGUCCUCCUGUCUCUUACUCAUAGUUGUUGAGGUUAGCUCCAAAUUAGCACUUUGUCCUCUUAUAAGGAUUGAACCCAGACCCUUGUGCAUGUUAGGUAAGCACUUUUUCACUGAGCUAUACUGCAGGUGCUCAAUGAAUUUAUGGUUGUUUUUGAGGUGCAUAUCCCAAGUGAUUUUUUAAAGAACAAUAUACAGCCUUAAAUGCUAGAAAUCAUAUGUUCCAUCAAGGGGCAUCUCUAUCAGAUCCCAAAGAAAUAUGGCUCAGGAGAGAGGCUUUACCAUACUGAAAGAGCCUCUGAUUUUCAAGAGAACCCCAAACAUUUACUUUUAUUGCAAGUUUUAAUUUGAAUGUGAAUAAAUAUUAAAUCAUCUAAAAUUAUGGUCUAACAUACAUUUCUUCUAUAAAAUAAUGGAGCCUUUUCGAAAAAUAGAAAUAAGUCUUUAAUAGGUUUAUAGAAAUAUAUCCAUAGAGUAGAAAGAGUUGAUUAACUAGAUUAGAGCUCUACAUGUUAGCUGGGCAGUCAUGGUGCACACCUUUAAUCCCAGCACUUGGGAGGCAGAGGCAGGCAGAUCUCUGAGUUCAAGGCCAGCCUGGUCUACAAAGUGAGUUCCAGGACAGCUAGGUCUAAACAGAGAAACCCUGUCUCAAAACAAAACAAAACAAAACAAAACAAAAGACAAAUCGAAAAAAAGAGCUCUAUAUGUUUUAGUUUUUAGAAUGUAUAAUAAAUUUAAAAGGUAUACUGUGUUCAUUGAAUCUCUGAGAGUUCUUGGAAUAAUUUCUCAAUUCUUCAUUUUUUUUGGAAACAUUAUGAAGAGCACAAUGUCCUCACAGAAUAGUCCAAAUAGAUGAAAUAUGGAUAAGUAACAUUAUAUUAGAAUUUACUGAUCAUAAAAGCUAUGCUGGUCUGUGUCCUAACAGAUAAGUCCAAAUACAAGAAAUAUAGGUGAGAACUAACAGAUUUCAACUUACUUGUCAUAGUAUAUAUAUAUAUAUAUAUAUAUGUAUGUAUAUAUAUAAUAUAUAUACACAUAUAUGAUAUGAUAUAUGUAUAUGAUGUGUAUAUAUAUACAUAUACAUAUAUAUUCUAUAAAGGCUCAUUUGUAGGCAAAUUUGGGCUGCAGAUUGGAUAAUAAAUGACUUCUCAAAGGGAAGUUUUAUUGAUUAAACUACCUUCUUUAUUGGUAACAUUGAAAACAAUAUCUUUUAUCAUCUUUAAUCAUUUUGGUAUUCUGAAUUGAACUGACAUUUUGAACUUGAAGCAAAGCUCUUGAGUUUCUUGAAUUGUUAACUGUAUACAUACAUUUUAUCCAUUAUCACAACUGUAGGGAUUACAAAUCAAUAAGUUUUAGUAUGCUAGCAUUAAAGUACAGUUCAUUACUUUAUCCAUAUGAAUCAGGUACUUUAACUAAGUUUGUCAUUUUGUUAUUUGCCAGUUAUAAACUCAGGCAGAUCUAAGAAUUGAGUAAAGAUUUUAUCUUUGAACCAUUUGUAGAUUUUCCUCUUUAUCAGAUCUGAAGGGACACAUCAGCAAGUAAGCAUGGAUUAUUUUCUAGGAGAGAGAAUCUUCAAAAAAUAGAUAAAUAAAAUGGACAAAAGUAAAUAAACAAACGCCCCCUCCCACUUUCUCACUCAUGGGAAGGAACUGUUUUUCUUAUGAUUCAAUGAGGAAAUCGAUCUCCCCCUGCAGACUAGAGGCAAUGAUCAUGGCUGUGGUGCUAAAAUGAAGUCAUCAGACUACUUAAAAAAUUGGGAGAAAAUUAAAGAACAUUCUAUUUUAAAAUCUCACCAUAAGGAUUUUGUUUUGUUUUGUUUGUUAUAUUGCAACUGAAAUAUUUUGAAUUGAAUGUGUCUUUGAUAGCAAUGGUAUAAUCCAAGAAAUGUGACCAUAUUUAAAUUCACCUUGAUGACUUCUCUGUUAUCUUGUAUUUUAUGACAUUUUUAAAUUUGUAAGACACUUGCAAAAAUGAAAAUAAAAGUACCUUUAAUAUUUUAAGAUUGUGAUAAUUUAUUUUUCCCCAUAAAAAUAUACUAAUGAGCUAAAAGUGAAACUAGUGUUAUAUGCCAAAAGGUUGUUUUACUUAUAUAAAGUUGUAUUU